CCGUAGUUUAGAUUUACCCAAACAAAAAUGGCAGAUGUUAUAGUUAUAGACGUGGAAGAUGAAAAUAUUUUAACUGGUAUCUUUAAAGAUUCCUUUCCAGUUCAUUUAUAAGAAGCAGCAUGGGAGAGGCAACUGCUGAUUUAGAUUUACAGUCUGAUGAGUUUAAAGAAUUUUCAAAUUCUGAAGAUGUGAAGCCACUUCUAUCUACAGUAUUUUCAUCUUCUUCUGACAUAAAAACAGAAUUAUCAUUUUUAACUUUCCGUGAUAUCAAACCAAACUUGACAUUUAUAGCUUCACAGGAUGAUAAAACCGCUGUUAUGCCAGAUUUUUCAUCUUCUACAGACACAAAGUCAGAAUGUACAACAUUUUCCUCUUUUGAUGAUGUAAAACACCAUAUGACAUUUCUAACUUCUCAAGAUAAAACAACAGGAUUUUUAAUUUUUAAAGAUAUGGAACCUGCUGUAUCAGCAGUAUGUACAAAAUCUGAAGAUUUAAAACCAGAAUUAGCAAUUUUAUCAACUAGUGAAGAUAUAAAACCAGAAUUAGAAACUUUAUCAACCAUCACAGAAUUAGAAAUUUUAUCAACUACUGAAGAUAUAAAACCAGAAUUAGAAUAUAUAUUAACUAGUGAAGAUCUAAAACGAGAAUUAGAAACUUUAUCAACUAGCGAAGAUAUAAUCCCAGAAUUAGAAACUUUAUCAACCAACAAAGAUAUAAAACCAGAUUUAUGGACAAAAUUUUUAGAUUCUGAGGACAAACAACAAAAUGGACUAGAAGAAAAGUUAAAACUCGCUGAAGACAAAACAUAUCUCUCUGAUGAUCGUCAUGAUCAUCAUGAACAGUUUUUUCAAAGAUCUAACUUGAAUAAACAAGCUCAAGUAGGGGAGAAGCCACUUGAAUGUGAUGCUUGCCAUAAAAGGUUUUCAGAUAGUUCUAGGUUAAAUGAACAUAAAAAAGUUCAUUCAGGAGAUAAGCCUCAUGAAUGUGAUGUUUGUCAUAAAAAGUUUUCUCAGAGUUCUAAUUUAUAUAAACACAAACAAGUUCAUUUAGAAGAUAAACCAUUUGAAUGUGAUGUUUGUCAUAAAAAGUUUUCAUAUAGUUCUAGUUUAUAUACACACAAACAAGCUCAUUCAGAAGAUAAACCAUUUGAAUGUGAUGUUUGUCAUAAAACGUUUUCAUAUAGUUCUAGUUUAUAUACACACAAACAAGUUCAUUCAGAAGAUAAACCAUUUGAAUGUGAUGUUUGUCAUAAAAAGUUUUCUCUGAGUUCUAGUUUAUAUAAACACAAAAGAGUUCAUUCAGGAGAUAAACCAUUUGAAUGUGAUGUUUGUCAUAAAAAGUUUUCUCUGAGUUCUAGUUUAUAUAAACACAAAAGAGUUCAUUCAGGAGAUAAACCAUUUGAAUGUGAUGUUUGUCAAAAAAAGUUUUCUCAGAGUUCUCAUUUAUAUACACACAAAAGAGUUCAUUCAGAAGAUAAACAAUUUGAAUGUGAUGUUUGUCAUAAAAAGUUUUCUCAGAGUUUUAGUUUAUAUAGACACAAAAGAGUUCAUUCAGAAAAUGAACCAUUUGAAUGUGAUGUUUGUCAUAAAAAGUUUUCACAUAGUGCUAAUUUAUAUGCACACAAACAAGUUCAUUCAGAAGAUAAACAAUUUGAAUGUGAUGUUUGUCAUAAAAAGUUUUCUCAGAGUUCUAGUUUAUAUAGACACAAAAGAGUUCAUUCAGAAAAUAAACCAUUUGAAUGUGAUUUUUGUCAUAAAAAGUUUUCAUAUAGUUCUAGUUUAUAUACACACAAACAAGUUCAUUCAGAAGAUAAACCAUUUGAAUGUGAUUAUUGCCAUAAAUAUUUUUCUAGAAAAAAUAAAACAGUUCAUACUGGAGAUAAGGCAGAUGAAUGUGAUGAUUGCCAUAAAUAUGUUUCUAAAAUAAAGCGGCUCCCGACAUAUUGGCUCCCGAUAUAAGUGCUCAAGACAAAUCGGCUCACGUUAUAUUGGCUUUUGACAAAAUGACUCCCGACAUAUUGGCUCCAGACCAAUGAAUGGCAUGACCACUAUUGGCAUAAAAGUAACGAUUUUGUCCUACCUCCAAUACCACUAUAUACUCUUUUAAAUGCCCGAAUGAAAUUGUUUUUCAUGAACCAACAUUAAUUCACAAACAAAGCGAGCACUUAACAGCUAAAUUUCACCAAUUCUAAAGUUUUGAUAAUGUUUAAUUUACAACAGAAAAGAUCUGUUGCUUAAAAGCGAGCACAGAAGUGUAAAUGUACGGAUAUGUAUAUAUAUGUAUAUUUAUGUAUAUAUAUAUGUAUAUAUAUAUAUAUAUAUGUAUAUAUAUGUGUGUAUAUAUGUUGGCUGGUAUCCUAAUGUUGGCUGGUUAUUGAAUAGUUGUC